CAGAUCCCCGAAGUUUUAAAGGGCAGAGUUGUAAAAACUCCCAUCCGCGGGGAGUCAGCGCCACGAACCGGACCCGGUCCUCCUCCCCCCGCAGCAGGAACGGACACGACACCGGAACCGAGGCUUUUUUAUUCCUCGUCCUCGGAAUUCUCCAGGAGAGAGCGGCGAGACGGAGCGGCGGAGAACCUCGAUGAUCCUGGACCGAACCUGCUGAAGACGUCCUGCUGAUUCCCGCCCCCCCGCGCGGAGGUUCCUCCCCAUCCCGGAAGCAGACAUGCAGCUGGAAAUCCAAGUCGCCCUGAACUUCAUCAUCUCCUAUUUGUACAACAAGCUUCCCAGACGGCGCGUGAACAUCUUCGGGGAGGAGCUGGAGCGGCAGCUGAAGCGGAAGUACGACGGCCACUGGUACCCCGAGAAGCCCUACAAGGGGUCCGGGUUCCGGUGCAUCCACGUGGGCGAGAAGGUGGACCCGGUGGUGGAGCAGGCGGCCAAGGAGAGCGGGCUGGACAUCGAGGACGUCCGGAACAACCUCCCCCAGGACCUGAGCGUGUGGAUCGACCCGUUCGAGGUGUCCUACCAGAUCGGGGAGAAGGGGGCGGUGAAGGUGCUGUACGUGGACGACAAUGGCGAGAACGGCUCCGAGCUGGACAGGGAGAUCAAGAACAGCUUCAACCCGGAGGCCCAGGUCUUUAUGCCCAUCAGUGACCCGGCGGGGGCGUCGCCCGAGUCCAGCUCGCCUUCCCCGCCCUUCGGACAGUCGGCGGCGGUGAGCCCGUCCUUCAUGCCGCGCUCCGCCCAGCCCCUCACCUUCACCACCGCCACCUUCGCCGCCACCAAGUUCGGCUCCACGAAGAUGAAGAGCAGCAGCCGCAGCGGCGCCGGCGGCGGGGGGGCCAGCAGCAAGGCGGCCCGUGCCUCCCCCACCAGCAACCUGGGGCUGAACCUCCUGAAGCAGAAAGCCAUGUCCUCCUCCAUGCACUCUCUGUACGGGCCGGGCCAGCCCAAGAGCUCCGCCCUCUCCCCCAACGCCAAGGAGUUCGUCUUCUCCAGCCUGCAGGGUCAGGCCAGCCCCGGCGCUGUCUUCCCGGGGGAGGGGUCUCUGGGCCUGGGGGCGCUGCAGUACAACAAUGCCUUCGACGUGUUGGCGGCCUACGGCGGCCUGAGCGAGAAGUCCUUGAUGGACGGGCUGGGCCUGGGGGGUGUGGCCUAUUCCAACCAGCAGUUCCAGCCCGUCAUGGCCAACUGAGCCGCCGCCGUGGCCGGGCGGCGCCGAGAAGGAAAAGCAAAAACGCACAGGAGGACCAGACUGGCGUGCAUGUCACAGCUUGUGGGCGGCGCCCUGACUUCACGCAUCAUCGUUUUUCCGUUUUCCUUUUUGCCAACAAGCACAAGUUUUUUACUUUGAGACGAUGAGAUCCGUGGAGAUCCGUGGAGAUCCGUGGAGAUCCGUGGAGUUCCGUGGAGAUCCGGCCUCGGCUGGUUUUUAGGAAUCGGCUCUCGUGGGUUCCUGGCUCUUUUUCUAACAUAUAAUUUAAUUUAGUACAGAGUUUGUAAGAUAUCAGAGUCUAUAUUGUUUCUAUGACAUGGUGUUGCAUUUCUAUCUUUUUACUACUCCGGGGCGAGCGGCGCCGCUGCAGCUUCUUCUGUUCCUUUUUAGACGGACUGGGCGCUCGGACCUUUCCUCCACGCUGGAACUCAAACGUUUGCUUUUCUCAAAGAUGAAUCGUAUUUUCUGUUCAGAGGCUGAAGAUUUUUGCUAAACGAUGGAGAACAUGUAAUCUUAUGAAUAUUAAUUUUGUACCUACAUUGUGCAAUACUUGAUAAAUGAGACGGUCUAACAAAGUAUUUUGAGUCAGUGUCUUAACGUCAAGAGGGACUGAAAUAGUUUAUAUUGUUAAGUUUGUAUUAAAUGCUUCUAAAUGAUAUGCUUGUCUUUAUUUUUUUUUAUUUGAUAUUUGCACCCUGAUCUUUUUAAUAAAACAAACUCCAGCUGAA